CAGGUAACGGGACCACGUAUCUGAUCUUCCGUUUAUUCAAAUUCACAUGAAAAUAUGACUGCUCAAAAGCAACGCUUUCCCUCUUUUGCCUCUACCAUCUCUGCAUUAGGUAUUAUAUUGUACUGCGUUGGGUUUUUAAGAGUCGAGUUGGAGCUGAACAAUCAGAGGGAGAGAUUGCAGGCGCUUGAAAACAUCGCCGAGACAGAACCGCCAUCCGGCGAUCCAAACAUCGCCAAGUUUAUCAAGGUUGCUCGUGGUAUGUACUUUUUUCAAUGUAAAAAUUUCAUGCGGUUGUGAAAUCGUUCUCCAUUCCGAAUCAAGAACAUUUCAGGAUACCCAGAAGGUCUAGAUAGCAGCAACAAUAUAGAUAGCCGCAAAAACAUAACAACUUAAGUUACCAGACAUGUUUCGACGGAGCAUCCGUCAUCCUCAGUGUUACGGUGACUGUUACGUAUUUGAGAUCGCCGUUGAGUUUAAAUCGCGCGCGAUGUUACAAAGUUCGUUACAUUGCGUUGUUAAUAUUGCGUUCUGAAAAGUUUAAGUUAGUGACGCUUAGCUACUUACAAGGAGAGAGUCAGGUUAAUGUGUCAGAUGUGUUUCACCUUCUGGUUGAGCUAGGGUUUCUCCCAUUUUAUGAACAUGGAUGAGUCGAAGCUUUACAAAUAAUACUUAGUGGUACUUAGUAAAUGCAGAGUCCAGGAUCUCGAAGCAAUCCGGUGUGCAGGAUGUUCGAAAAGACUCUGAACUCUGCAGAUGUCUAAAAACGUUCAAAAACCUGUCAGAAAGUAAGUGCUCGCACACUCAUGUGGAGAAAUGUCGGUUGUUUUUGCCGACAUAACAAGCCGUAUUACAACUUGCACCCCUCGAAAAUUUAUAAACCACACGCAUGCGAAGCCCCUCAAGGACAGCAUCUUUCACAUCGAAAAGAUUCAUGAUUUUGAAAGUAGUAAAGACUAGCCUCCCUUGACAGCUGUCUGAAUAUAUUUAGAAAUAUAUUUGUUGAAAAUAUUCUCAGAAAAGAGAUUCCUACGCAGAAUAACAAACAAGUUUUGAUGGAACCCCAUCCAAGUAUUGUUCAUCUUAACGGUUCUAUCAAUCAAGGUUUUGAUUAACCCCAAUUUGUAUGUAAAGGGGGAAGACUCAGAUAAUUUGUGAGCAAACCUGUGAAAGGUUUUUCCUGUUAACGGUAGUCAAACUUAGUUGUGGGUCGGUGUUGCUGAUUAGAACAUCUAGGAAAGGUAGAACAUGGUCAGUUUCCAGCUAGAUUGUAAAGUGCUCAUUAGGGUGUUGAUUGUUGAUGAAAUUGAAGGUAAGGGUUGUAUCCUGUUCAGUGUGGAAAAGGCAAAAUGUGUCGUCUACAUAGCGACGAUAAUAUAAUACCUCUGAGUCCCCAUAUUGUUCCCACCAUAUAUUCUCAUGGUGACCCAUAAAGUGAUUGGGGAGAACAGGGGCGAGAUGGGAGCCCAAGGCUUCACCAUCCCCCUGAUCGUAGAAAGAAACCUUGAACAGGAAGUGAUUUUCUUUGGCAGCAAACUCAAAAAGCCUUUUUAGCUCAAUAUUAUUAAGUUUCAGCCCCGGAUUACCCUCAGUUAUACUAGUACAUGAGAAAUUUCUGCAAUUUGAUUGGCUUAGAGCAGUGGUAUUUCAGCUUAAUUUGAAAUACCUGCAUGUGAAAAUUACAAACCUUUUGAGGGUAGUAGUAUAAACAAAUAAUAGCAUGAUUUGUACGUGAUAUUUGGCAUAAAUACCACUCGUGAUGUUUCAAAAUUGUCUGCAAAUUUCUCUAAUUACGUAUAACAAUUUUGAAAUAUCACUCGAGGUAUUUAUGCUAAAUAUCACUACAAAUCAUGCUAUUACCUAUACUAAUAUAUUUGACGGCGAGGUUAAGACAUUCUUCUAGAGGUAUAUUUGUGAAUAAGCUCUCAACAUCGAAGGAGACCACAAACUUCCCAUGCAGAGAUAGAUCACUGAUUUCUUUCACAAAAUUGAAAGAGUCUGAGGCAAUGAAUGUAAAUGGAAUAUGAGGUUGGAGGAGAUUACUUACGUUUUUGGCCAAGCUGUAGUUAUAGGUGCCUAUGGAGGAAACCGAUAGUGGGGAAUGGAGGAGUGGAAUGUGGCGCUCGUGGUUCGUGCAUCUUAGAGAUUUCAGGAUAUCUAUAAUGUUGCUCGGCGCUAAGCCUGACUUUUGAUCACCAGCGAAACUUGAAGUAAAUUAGUCAAGUUUACCAUUGGCAAACACUUAAUUAGAUCAUUUCCUGUAGACAGGCAUGAUAUGCUUGAAUCUUGCUCCAUGCACGAUGCAAUUAUUUUCUCACAAACUGAAGGGGAUAAAUAUUUUAUAAAUAUUUUAUGGAAAAAAAAUGAAGUGUUUCGCUUAUCGCUAUAAACUUGAUUUUAGGUUUUCCGUUUGAAUCCUUCUGUAAUUUAAUUUGCCGGUUAAACUGAAAAAGGCUUCUUUCUCAUCAGGCCUUUAAAAACUUGAAGUUUUCAUCAGACCCCAUGGUUUUGAGAUAAUGACGAUUACGGCUGCUUGUUUCGUCGUCAAGACUUUAACUAAUUAAAACACAAAAUUCAUCUUAAACACCAACAAAAAGUACUGUAGAAAAAAGAUAAAUGUACUAGUACAUGGUUUAUACCCUCCAUUCCAGUCAGCGUCGGUAAGUGUUGGACCGAGACGAAGAUCAGUACUUAGCUCCACGGUACCUGGCGACUACAACGUAGGGUGUUUCUACCCAGCUAACUUUUUGCUUCCCCGGUCACUUUCCAUUGUGACUGCCAGCAAAAAACAGCGUUUUUCAUUGACAUGUUUGUUUAAAGAAGAAAAAAUAUAUUUUAUAGAUAAAACAUUAUUACCUUAACAAAACAAAUCGGAAGGUACAGGUAAUCGAUCUCGCAUAAAAAGAUGUUCAACCUCGUCCCAGGGUUUCCCACCAUUUAGUUUAUUAUGAUACACAAGAUACACAACUAAGAAAAAAACCCAUGGAAAAAUAAGCCAACCCGGUGGCGCUUUCUUCGAGAACCCGGUGAAUAGAUUCCUUUGGAUCUGUUACAGAGGGGUGUUCAUGAUUUGCCGGCAAAAAAACUGACGCAACAAAAUAAUAUGAAGCCGGCAAGUGCUCACUAGCCUUAAUACUAAACUAGAAACGCCAAAAUUGCUUUAUCUGCAACAAGAAGACGAAGACGGGGUCUUGAAUGAUGAUGUUUCAGUAAAAUGGCUGGUAUUGUUACAUCUUGAUUGAGUAAACAAUAGAAUUAACAACUUUUAAAAUUUUACUCGCAGAAUUGUCCACCUAUAAACAUCAUUGAGACUGGCGAAACGCGAAUUCAACAACAACAACAUACGCUUUAUUUGCAUGACUAUAAUUUAGUUACAGUAUUGCAAAAGUUUUAACAUAAAGUUUCAAUUUAGCUAAUAAUACCAGUGCCGGAUCCAGACCUUGAGAUAAGGGGGGGGCGGUUAUAGAGACUCUUUGAUAAGGGGGGAGGGGGGGCGAUCUCCAAAAAAAAUUUUUUUUUCGGCCCUUCGGGCCUCAGUUUGGUCUAAAAAUAAGGGGGGCGGCCCCACAGGCUCAUCCCCUGGAUCUGCCACUGAAUACCAGCAAAGAUAAACCAACAACCGUCGUCAUGAAAGAAAUUCUCAAAUUCUCUCUUUCAGAGGGAAGAUCGCGCCCUCGUAAGUCAACAGGUGAGGAGAGUCUCACUGGUCCCCCAGGCCCUCCCGGUCCUCCAGGGCCGAGGGGGGAGAAAGGGUACCGGGGACGAAAAGGGAAGAAAGGAGACAGAGGCUUUAUAGGAUCACCAGGAAAAAGUGGGCCAGUAGGAGCAAAAGGCGAUGCUGGACUGAAAGGGCAAAAAGGAGGCCCAGGGCCCGCUGGCAUACCGGGAGCAAAAGGAGAUAGGGGCAUUAUGGGACCAUCAGGAGAGAGUGGAAAGCAAGGUAUCAUGGGACAAGUAGGGCCCAAAGGCGAUGCUGGUCCUAAAGGCCAAAAAGGAGAUUUAGGGCCCCCUGGCAUGCCGGGAGCCAAAGGAGAGCCUAGUCAACCGAAGACCGUUGUAGUUUCAAGUAAGUGAUGAUAUAAAACUUUCAUUGUCGGCACUCUCUUAAAGAUAGCUAUAACUCAUUCAGGCUCCCUGUGCACUUAAGAAACAGGAAAAAAUGAAGAUUUUAACUUCUUGCUUCCUAAGAAAUCAACUGAAGCUUUUUCAGACUCAGAAAACCCAAUUUUAAUUUGGAUCAAUUGGAUCUUAGUCUGCUCCAGGCGUUCAGAUAGUGGAGUGUGGCGCGUUUCCUGCUCUGCACUUAUCUUUUCAAUGUCACCACUAUCUGAACGCCUGAAGAAGGCUAGGUCGGAUCAGGAUUUUUAUUAUUCUUAUUGGAGGACAGAUCGCCCCUUUACGAAUUAACAAUAUUUUAACUCUUUCUUGGUUAAACGUGUUUUUCAGGUCCCCUAGGCCCACCAGGUCCACCUGGGCCGAGGGGAGAGAAGGGUGACCGGGGACAAAAAGGGAAGAGAGGAUCACGUGGGAAAAGAGGCGACAGAGGUAUUAUGGGAUCACCAGGAAAUAGAGGGGCUACGGGGAAGAAAGGCGAAACUGGACUCAAGGGGCAAAGAGGAAACCCAGGGCCCACUGGCAUGCCGGGAGACAAAGGAGAUAUAGGCGUUAAUGGAACACCUGGAAAGAACGGCAAGCAAGGUAUCAUGGGGCCAAUAGGGCCAAAAGGCGAUGCUGGAGAAAAGGGGCAAAAGGGAGAUGCAGGGUCCGCAGGAAAACCAGGAGCCAAAGGAGCUAGAGGUGUUAACGGAACACCGGGAAAGAACGGCAAGCAAGGCAUCAUGGGGCCAAUAGGGCCAAAAGGCGAUGCUGGAGAAAAAGGGCAAAAGGGAGAUGCAGGGUUCGCUGGAAUACCAGGAGCCAAAGGAGCUAGAGGUGUUAACGGAACACCGGGAAAGAAUGGCAAGCAAGGCGUCAUGGGGCCAAUAGGGCCAAAAGGUGAUGCUGGACACAAGGGACAAAAGGGAGACACAGGGCCCACUGGCAUGACGGGAGUCAAGGGAGAUAGAGGUAUUAAUGGGACACCCGGAAAGAGUGGCAAGCAAGGCAUCAUGGGGCCUAAAGGGCCAAAAGGCGAAGUUGGAUUCAAAGGGCAAAGGGGACAAAAAGGAGAGCCAGGUCAAAGCAGCAGCCGAAGUAAGUGUUAAAAUCAGACUAUUAAUGCUGACUUUGCAUGUUCCUUCUGGGGUGAUCUUGCAGCUCUCGAAUAACCCCACGGGAUUGGUUUGCAACCGGUUGAGAAAACAAUAAACAAACAUGGAACCUAGCCCGAAAACAAAAGAGCUGAGACCCGUAUAAGGGGUCCAAUUAAAUUAGAGGUUCUGAAGAGCUGCAAAGCUACUGUGUACUGUGUCAAUUAAGGUAAUUCUCUUGUUCUGCACUGUGCAUCACCUUCUUCCCCUAACCUGGUUCUAAGUCUGACCUAAACAACUAUCGGCCUACAACUGUUAUUCCUACCGUGGCCAAAAUUUUCGAAAAUAUUAUCUAUGACCAGCUAUAUCACUAUCUGAAUGAAAUGCUUUAUUAAACAGCGGCCAGUCUAGUUUCCGCUCAUUACGCAGCACUCUUACUGCCUUGUUAGAGACAAACGACAGCUGGUGUGUAAAUAUUAAUAGAGGUCUUCUUAAUGGUGAAAUCUUUGUUGAUUUGAAGAAGGCUUUUGACUCCAAUGACCAAGAUGUAAUUCUAAAAAAACGUGCCAAGUACGGCGUUGAUCAAGAGGCCCUGGAAUGGUUUAAAUCUUACCUAGUAACUAAUCGUAUGCAAAGGUGUGAGGUAAACAAUCAUCUAUCCAGCGCGAGCCCUCUAAUUGUGGCGUACCUCAAGGGUCAAUAAUCGGCCCUCUUCUUUUCUUGAUCUAUAUAAAUGAUCUUCCAAAUUGUUUGAAUGCAGGCUCUCCCAGAAUCUAUACCGACGAUACUAAUGUUACCUUUUCUGCAGCUACUAUACCUGGUCUUGAGUGCUAAAUCAAUAGUGACCUGAAAUAUAUUGAUUGUUGGCUCAAGGCUAAUAAUAAUAGUCUCAAUGUCGCCAAAACAGAGUUUAUGGUUAUUAGCUCGAGGCAGAAACUACAGUCCUUAAACAUUCAUAAAGACGGCAUCCCAAUAAACCAAAGCAAUAAAAGCAAAUCUCUCGAGCUUCUCAUUGAUGAAAGUGUCUCGUGGAAGGCCCACAUUCAUGAAAUCUCUAAAAAAAAGUAUCCUCUGGUGUCGGUGCUCUUAAGCGGGUCAGGCCAUUUGUUUCAAUGCACACUGCAAUUAAAAUAUACAAAGGUCUUAUCGAGCCACACUUCGAUUAUUGCAGCGCUGUAUGGGAUGGCGUGACCCAACAGCUCAGUGAGAAACUUCAAAAACCUCAAAAUCGUGCUAUCAGAGUUAUCACUAAAUCUAGCUAUGACACGAAUUCCAGAUAUCUUCUUAACUCGCUUGGUUGGGAUAAUUUAUCGGUCAGAAGGGCUAAACAAAAGGCUAAUUUAAUUUACAAGUUCAUUAAUUAUCUCGCCCCAGCUUAUCUCUGAAAUUUGCUUGCCCCAACAACACCGAAUUACUAAUUUCGCAACGCCAAGAAAAAAAAUAACGCUCCCAGAACCAAGAACUGAUUACCUGAAGCGUAGCUUUAGUUACAGUGGCGCACUUCUAUGGAAAAAUCUUCCUGACGAAAUACGUACAUCAAAUUCCUUAGGUCUCGCUAAGAGAAGUUCCCAUAGAUGGUUUUCUGAUCAGUACUCCCACACGGCAAAUAAUAAAACAGUUUUGAGAAUUUUUAGUUAAUUUUCUGUCUGAAUGAAGUUUUUAACCGGGUAUAAGUUAUCAUUCAUUCAUUCACCUGCUCACAUGGUGACAUCAAAGGCAUCGGCAAUAAUUGCCAGCCGCCUGAGGAGGAGUAACAAAGACCUGACUUUUGUAGUCAGAGAAAAAACUCCUUCUAGUUUAAAAAGCUGUUGUUCUUAAAACUCGCCCUAGUCCCUUUGUGUAGAAUAAUUAUUUCAGGCCGACAUUGCCCUUUUGUGGCUUGUUGCAACGACACGGAAACGGUGAGACCCCUUUAAUUUUAUUGGUAAAAUUUACUCGUGAUGGGUAAUCAAAAAAUAAUAUUGUAGCGAAAAAAUCUGGAUAGUAGAAAUUGGAUGAAUUAUUCAAGAAGUAUAUAAAUGACAUGAAUAUCUAACUGCAUUUGGAGAAACAGAAGAGUAUGAGGUGAUGAUGACGUUAGUAGCGUUUUAAUUUAGUUUUUUUUAGUCAAUCUGAAAAAUUUACUGAAAGAUAAUAGCUCAGACCAACAAACAAGCUCGAGAUUUCAGUUAUAUUCAUAUUUUUUGCUUUAUAACAAAACUUUUUGAUGGUUUUAGAACAUUUCGCGCCAAACUUAGUAAAAACCCACUCAGAAUAACGGCAAGUAGGGCGAAAGUAAGCACGGUGACCCUAUCUUUCUAUAACAUUCUUUUAAUGUCGUGCAUUUAAGCUCCAACCUCCCCCAUCCUAAAACCUAGAAUGCAAGGGUAAAUUUCACUGUGGUUAUAGUAAAGAAUUCUAUAUUACAUCAUGUUAACUGGGAACAUUUUCCUUUUUUGCCUGUGAAAUAUUAAAAUUUCAUACUCUGCUUCAUGUCAAAUAACGUAGAUUUGUCCUUUUUCAGAAACAUCUAUUACUAACCUACAAUUAAGCUUUUCUUUGUUUCAUCCUUAUGGAUCCUUAUUGCCAACAUUUAUGAGACAAACGCGGUUUAGUUUGGUUUUGUUUUUCAUGAUUUAUCUGAUUCUUUAAAAGAAAAGUGACAAUAUUUUCUGUAAAAAUUAUGGCUGUUUUAAGCGAAGUGCAAAGAGAAUAAUUUUAAACCUUACUGCUAUUCCUUAUCUUAUUUGUCCACAGGUAGACCAUCCUCUCGUCGUGGCUCAUGGUCAGGAGGUUGGUGUGGCCGUUGGCCGUUGAUGUGAUUAAAAUUAUUUCAAACAGAAAUUAAGCGAAACGUCUUUUUCAAGACCAUUUAUAACUAACUACUGGAGGGAACAGUGGGGCAAAGAGGGAAACGCACAUCUAGCACUUGGGAUUGUAUGGGAAUUUCACCAAAAGUUAUUAUCAAAUUAAUAUCAUAGGUGACGAAUUACUCCUUAACUUUGGCGCGAAAUUUAAGCAAUAAUUUGUAAUUUCACAUGUGAAAUUACAAAAUUGCCAUGGCAACCUUCCCUACGUCUCAGUGUCAAGACGGCGACUAAGUUUCAAAAUGUCAUGAAUGAAGAUGCCAGGCAUAAAAAGACGCUUAACUUUAGAAAACCGGACCACACGAAAGAGAACAUCAAGAAGGAUUCUAACAGGUAUUUUGUAGAAAAAUUUUGAACUUAAGCUAAAUUUAAGCUCUAAAUGUUCGACACAGGGGAGUUCCGGAAAGGUCUACAAACGUUUCUUCAGUGUUGUCAAAAGAGAGUAAUCAGAAAUGUAUGAUAUUAUAUCUUGGUGUAUCGCCAUAACCAUAUUCUGCCGGAUUUUUUUCUUUGAGGAAGUCGCGCGCGGACUUGAUGGCAUUUCAAACAAUCGAUUAAAAUUUGCAGACGAACAAGGAAUUAGAUUUCUGUUUAAAAACAACCUCUAUAAACAACUAAAUUAAGUGAAAUUCACAUAUCCCAACCAACACCCAAUAAUUUCCCCUCUGUCCCGUAUUUUUUUCUUGCUAACUUACAAUUAAGCUUUCUUUGUUAAUUCGGUCCUUAUGAAUCCGUUUUGUUUAUAUCGUGCCAACAUUUAAGAGACAAACUCGGUUUGUUUUGGUUUAGUUUUGUCUUGAGUUUUCUGAGUGCAAAAGGUUGAGUGACAUCAUUUCCUGUAAAAACUAUGGAUGUUCAGUGGUACCCAAUGGAUCUGUUCCUCAAAAUAUCUGUUUUUCAGGCAAAGUUUUGAUGGCUGGGACAUUUGGAAUAAUUAAUAUGUCCUUGGAAGGAAAGUGUUGCUGGGAAAAAGGCAAUUCACGGUGUCUGAGGGAAAUUUGGUGUCUUGAAUAGCUGGUAUGUGCUAUUUGUUGGAAACCUCUUCCCCCAUCUGAAGGGCUGAAUUUUUCCCUAUGACUGUACACCCAAACUGGCCAGUAAUGUCUGGACAUACCUGUGCUGGGAAACUUCCCAGUACGUCAGAUUGCAGGUUGUAGGUGCACCUUGCUGGCUGGGAACUCUUACAUCAGUCUUGCUGGGAGUGAGAAACAGAUAAAUUGCUAAAAAUGCUAAAAAUGGCUUCAGAAAGCUUUAUUCAUGCUUUGUUGUUGUUUUUAGGUCUUUUUCUCAAAAAUUCCCGUUGGGUGUCCCUGGAUGUUUAAAGCGAAACGCUAACUAAAGAGAAAGUUAAACCUUACUGCCAUUUCUUAUUUGUACACAGGCGGAGGAUCCUCUAGUGAUGUGGCGACAACCGUGGCAACUGGGCAUAGGUUCCCAUGGCAAGGUUGGUGUGGCCGUUCCUGUUACUGUACUUGUAUCAAUAAAAGAUUAAGCAAAACGUUACCUGAGGAGUGUUUUAUGCUUUCUCCGUCUAAGCUGUUUAAGACUUUAUUAUCUCCCGAAAUAAAAAAAAAUCGGAAGUAAAAAAAACGUACCAUGUGGAGAAGUUAAUUGGGUCUUAUAAUGGGGCAGUGGCUUUCACGGUUAAAGAUUUUAACUGUUUUGCAAACUAACAGUUAACGGCUAAUAAAAGGCUUGGCCUUUAAACGGUAAUCACACUUCCAAUAAUUGACAGCAUAGUGAGAUAUCUUUCUUUAAGGGCGGUGUCUAAAUGUGUAAAAUAUCCUUGUUGUUCAAAUACUACUCUGCCUUACCACAGUAAACGUACAUUUUCAGUUGAUAGACAGAGUCUUUAUAAUUUCAGGAUCCUAUGGUUGAUCACCUGCUUGUUAAAAUUGGUCACACUCAGAGAGGCCGUACAAUGUUUACUGUGAGAUGCGCACUGCUGGUGGCGAUGGAGGAUGCACUGUGUGGCAGAAAAGGAUACAUGGCUUAGUUGACUUCUACUUUUGUUAGUAAUUGUUAGUAAUUGAGUUUCAAUUAGGCGAACAUUCUUUGCAAUUUUUGUCGCUCUCUGACUCUCUCUGGAGGCUCUGACGCUGUCUUGACCUAUGCGCAUGGAUUUUGGAGUAACAGUGAUUUUUCUUAUGACGCCAUAGACUGGAAAGAAAACAACUUUUACAAACACAAGUCGAACUAAAUAUCUCUGACACUGAAGAAUAUAUGUCUGCUAUUGUCCAGGCAGAGGGAGGAGGGAGGGGGGG